AGAGGAGCGAGGUCACGCUAUCUAGCAGGAGGUCUGACCAGGUGUUGACACGAUGUCAAAUAAGAUAUUGGUACUACAAACAGGAGGUACUUUGGAUAAAUGCUACCCAAAGACUAUCCUUGGUUAUGCCUUCGAGAUAGGUGAGCCUGCUGUCUCGCGCGUCCUUGACCGCGUGAAAUCGUCCUUAGCCGUGGAAGUGAAAAGCGUGUGUAGGUUAGAUAGCCAGGACAUACGUCAAGAGGACAGGGUGAAGCUUGCCGGUGCGUGUCGUGAGACGGAAGUAAAGAGGAUUUUGGUGACGCAUGGUACGGAUACAAUGCUAGAAACAGCAGACAUGUUGUCGAAGGAACAACUUGACAAGAUUAUAGUUCUGACUGGUUCCUUCCUUCCGGAAACAUUUAAGGAUUCUGAUGCUGAUUUUAAUAUAGGAUUUGCGAUUGGCUGUUUACAGACGAUGACUUCCAUUGGUGUAUAUGUGGCCAUGAAUGGAUGUGUCUUGCCAUGGUCUAACUGUCGCAGAGAUUCACAGACAAAUAUGUUUGGGCCAAUAGAGUAGUUUGAAACCUUUAUAAUGUGUAAAUGAUACGGAAACGCCUUAUGCUACCCCAAUAAGUAUUGUAAACGUUCUUAUUAUAUAGAGCACGGACGUUUUUUUCGAGUUAACGAAUUUGCAAUAGAAAACUAUAUACAAAAUCUUAAGUUUGCGAAAUCAAAAUUAGUCGAAAUAGCAUUAAAAAACAUUUGAAUAAGAUAACCGCAUAUAUAUUUACAGAAUAAAGAUAAUAUUGUCAGUAUACAAAUGGAUAAAAUUUGUACUGUAUGGAGAUUAUUUCAAAGUUAACGGUAGAGACUAUAACAGUAUAAUCAACUCAUGGUGACGUCACCCGCAUCUAACUAAGCGGUAUUAGUAAUGGACCACUUCAUUAGGUAGAG